CGUGUGUUUAUUGCUCUGUGAUUUUCGCUGACAUUUCCAACCAGAUUGAAUAAAAUUUCUGCAAUUGCGUGCGUGAAUUCAACUCAUUUGAUUGCCGACUUGUUUGUAAUUGAUUUCCGACUGCAGCUUUAACGUGCCGAAACUCGGAUCGACUCUGGCAUACCGAUCAAUUCCAUUAAAGUAUAUAUAUUAAUCUCAAGUUUGACGCUACUUAUACAAAAAUAUAAAGGACAAGAACAAACUCUGCAAAACUUGAAUCAAAAUGGGGAAUGUUUUUGCAAAUCUAUUCAAAGGACUUUUUGGAAAGAAGGAAAUGAGAAUAUUAAUGGUCGGAUUAGAUGCCGCUGGUAAAACCACAAUUUUGUACAAACUCAAAUUAGGCGAAAUUGUUACAACGAUACCUACCAUUGGUUUCAACGUCGAGACUGUAGAAUACAAGAAUAUUAGCUUUACAGUAUGGGACGUGGGCGGCCAAGAUAAAAUUCGUCCAUUGUGGAGGCAUUACUUCCAAAAUACACAAGGUCUUAUAUUCGUCGUUGACAGCAAUGACAGAGAACGUAUCGGUGAGGCGAGAGAGGAAUUGAUGCGUAUGUUAGCCGAAGAUGAGCUCAGAGAUGCUGUUUUACUAAUAUUCGCAAACAAACAGGAUCUGCCAAAUGCAAUGAGCGCAGCCGAAAUCACCGACAAGCUCGGUUUGCAUUCACUCAGAAACCGCAAUUGGUAUAUACAGGCGACGUGUGCAACCAGCGGCGAUGGUCUCUAUGAAGGUCUCGAUUGGUUGUCCAAUCAACUUAAGAAUGCUAAUCGCUAAAUACACACACGUAUAAAUAUAUUAAACAAAAACACCUUUUUGAUUUAAACAUAAAGUAAAGUUAAUGAAAAUUUGAAUAAAAGAAACAAAAAGCGAAAAUGAAAGCAAAAAAAUCAACUAAAAACGACAUCCUACUGAUCCUUCUUCUCCUCUUAUCCCAACUACAACAAAAUUAAGUAACUUAAGACGGUUAUCAUUUAUUUAGCGCCUGUUGAAAACGAUAAAGGUAAUGAUAUGGAAGAGGAAGGUCAGAGCGUACAGAACAUCAGUAAGGAACAGGAAUUAAAUGUAAAACCGCUAUAUAAUGAAACUAUCCAUUUUCAAAACAAUUCUAUAUAUAUUUAUGUAUAUGUAUGUUAAUGACAAACAAUAACAAAUUGCAAAACAUUACGUAUAUCCAAAUGAAAUGAUUAGUUGUGAAAGAAGGGAAGAAACAUCAACAAUGAUUACAUAUACGGCAUCCACUUUUAAGUAUAAUUUUAGUAUUUCCUGUCUUUAUUUUAUUAUUUGUAAUUCUAUGAAUAUCGAUUAAAUUUAAUUGAGACCAAUAUUACAAAAUAUAAACAAAGGCGAAACACACACAUACAACACACAUGCUCUUUAUAUACAAAAACAACUUAAAAUAAAUAAUAAUAAAUUGUAACAAAAAUGGAAAGACCGCAACAUAGAUAACAACACAUUCGACAAUUUUGAUAAGGUACCAAUAAAAAGACGAUUUCCCUGGUCUAUGCUCUA